AUGGCUGAACCACGUGCUCGUGUUGCCCGUCACAAGGGACAAAUGAACUUUGCUAGCGACUUACGAGCUCUACUUUCUGGCUACGGUGAUCGCGAUGCUCACCCUUACUGUCCUCAGGGACCAUUACCCGAAACUGUGCGUGUCCUUGACGAAAUGGUCACCGACUUCAUCUUGGAAAUGUGCCACCAAGCAGCUUCCUGUGCACACUACGCUCGGCGCCAGAAAAUCAAAGUCGACGACUUUCGCUUCGCUCUGCGUCGCGACCCCAUCAAACUUGGCCGUGUGCAGGAACUGUUGCGGAUGGAUCGUGAGCUGAAAGACGCCCGCAAGAUCUUCGACCAGGAUGAUGACCAGGUGACCACUGGCAAAAAGGCGGUCGAGGACUUGGACGUCAGUGUUGAUGAAACCGAGGGAACUACUGCUGCUGGCAAAAAGUCUAAGGGGAAAGGCAAGCGGGUUGCUCGUCGUGGCUCUGAUGCUACCGAGGACACUGUUUCCAAGAAGCGCAGGGUCAACGCUUAG